AUGUUAUCUAUCUCUCUCUGUUAUCUCUAUCUGUUAUCUAUCUCUGUUAUCUCCGUUAUCUAUCACUCUCUCUGUUAUCUCCGUUAUCUAUCACUCUCUCUGUUAUCUCCGUUAUCUAUCACUCUCUCUGUUAUCUCCGUUAUCUAUCACUCUCUGUUAUCUCUGUUAUCUAUCUCUCUCUGUUAUCUCUGUUAUCUAUCACUCUCUCUGUUAUCUCUGUUAUCUGUCUCUCUCUUAACUCCGUUAUCUAUCACUCUCUCUGUUAACUCCGUUAUCUAUCACUCUCUCUUAUCAUUCUUUACUCGGUUUCUAUCACUCUCUGUUAACUCAUUAUCUAUCCUCUCUCUAUUAAAUCGGUUAUCUAUCAGAUAUCUCUCUGUUAACUCGGUAAUCUAUCCUCUCUCUGUUAACUCGUUUCUAUCUCUAUCUCUCUCUGUUAACUCUCUCCUAUUAAUCUCUGUUAUCUUAUCUAUCUCUCUCUCUAUUCACUCGGUUAUCUAUCCUCUCUCUGUUAACUCGGUUUAUCUAUCACUCUCUCUCUCCUCUCUCUCUGUUAACUCGUUAUCUAUCACUCUCUCUGUUAACUCUCUUAUCUCAGUUAUUCUAUUUCUUAUCUCACUCUCUCUGUUAACUCGGUUAUCUAUCACUCUCUCUGUUAACUCGUUUAUCUCACUCUCUCUGUUAACUCGGUUAUCUAUCACUCUCUCUGUUAACUCAGUUAUCUAUCACUCUCUGUUAACUCGGUUAUCUAUCACUCUCUCUGUUAACUCGGUUAUCUAUCACUCUCUCUUUAUCUAUCCACUCUCUCUGUUAACUCGGUUAUCUAUCACUCUCUCUGUUAACUCAGUUAUCUAUCACUCUCUCUAA